GAAAGGUGGACCCUGCAAGGGAGGGCACCGAAGACUGAGCUUCAUCAGCCUCGUGGCGACAAAUUUGCUUCUGGAGCUCCUUGAUAGGGCAAGGCUUUAGAAGGGGUUUGUGUUUCAUUGCCCCCCCACAAGGUCCAUCAAGACGCAAACGGGACUGUGCUGUGUCCCAGAACUCCACUUAACAUGAGAGAGCUUCAGCUCUCAUGUUCUGACUCCCCACUAAAAUUGGGUCCAAAAAAAUUUGUUUUUCCAGCACUUUUGCACUUUAUUUUUUAAAGCCAGGGUUUCACUCUGUUGCCCAGACUGGAAUGAUCAUGGCUCACAGCAACGUCACACUCCUGGGCUCAGGGAAUCUUCCUAUUUCGGUGCCCUGAGGAGCAUAUAGGUGUGCCACCACACUGGCUAAUAGUUUUUAUUUUUUGUAGUCAUGGGGUCUUGCUAUGUUGCCUGGGCUGGUCUCAGACUCCUGGGCUCAAACAAUCCUCCCACCUCAGCCUCCCAAAGUGCUGGGAUUACAGGCAUGAGCUACCAUGCCUCGUCACUUUGAACAUUUUAAAGCAAAGUAAAAUUAGAUAUAUCCAGAAUGUUUCAUGGUUUCAGCUGGAGGGUGGUUCUGACCUCUCACCUUGUCUCCAGGACCAGCCCUCGUCUCUCUUCUUUCUGCAUUCACUCCCUUGGAGAUCUCACUCUCCACUGAAACAUCAUUUGAGCGGUGAUUACCUCCAGAUCCCCUGGACAAGCCUCCCAUCUCCUGCGGACCUCAGUAUCUCCACCUGCAGUAUCCAGUGGGGGUGGGAGCAGGAUGGAUUCCCAGCCCCCACCUCACCCUAACAGCACCCCAAGUUCCCCUUCUGGGCACGGCCACAGCUCUCACUCAUACACUGGCUUCCUGUCCGGGCUUCCUCAGCCCCAUGCCAUAUUUGGUGCAUUUCCUUCCCUGACAGAGGGGCCUGGGACCCAGCUGUGGCCCUGGCGGAGGCAGUCAUGCUGCCCCUGCUGCUGCUGCCCCUGCUGUGGGGGGGGUCCCUGCAGGAGAAGGCAGGGUAUGAGCUGCGAGUACAGAAGUCGGUGACGGUGCAGGAGGGCCUGUGCGUCCUUGUGCCCUGCUCCUUCUCUUACCCACGGCACUCCUGGUAUUACCCUGAUGAACUCUACGUCUACUGGUUCCGGGACAGGGAGAACAUAUACCAUGGUGUUCCUGUGGCCACAAACAAUCCACGCAGAACUAUGAAGCAAGAGACCCAGGGCCGAUUCCACCUCCUUGGGGACGUCUGGAAGAAUGUCUGCUCCCUGAGGAUAGAAGAUGCCAGAAUGGAGGACACGGGAAGCUAUUUCUUCCGCAUGGAGAGAGGAAGUGUAAAAUAUAGCUACGAAGAGAAUAAGCUGCACUUGGAGGUGACAGCCCUGACAGAGAAACCCGACGUCCACUUUCUGGAGCCUCUGGAGUCCGGCCGCCCCGCAAGGCUGAACUGCAGCCUUCCAGGAUCCUGUGAAGUGAGACGACGUCUCACAUUCUCCUGGGUGGGCGGUGCCCUCAGCCCCCUGCGCCCUGAGACCACCCGCUCCCCGGUGCUCACCUUCACUCCGAGGCCCGAGGACCAUGGCACCAACCUCACCUGUCAGGUGACGCUCCAAGGAGCUGAGGUGACCACGGAGAGAACUGUCCAGCUCAAUGUCUCCUAUGCUCCACAGAACAUCACCAUCUUCAGGAAUGGCACAGCCCUAGAGAUCCUGCAAAACACCUCGUUCCUUCCGGUCCUGGAGGGUCAGGCUCUGCGGCUGCUCUGUGAUGCUGACAGCAACCCCCCUGCACACCUGAGCUGGUUCCAGGGCUCCCCUGCCCCAAACGCCACCCCCAUCUCCAAUACCGGGAUCUUGGAGCUUCCUUGUGUAGGGUCUGCAGAGCAAGGAGGCUUCACCUGCCGCGCUCAGCACCUGCUGGGCUCCUUGGAAAUUUUUCUGAAUCUCUCAGUUUGCUAUUCCCCACAGCUACUGGGUCCCUCCUGCUCCUGGGAGGCUGAGGGUCUACACUGCAGCUGUUCCUUCCGAGCCCAGCCGGCUGCUUUCCUGCACUGGUGGCUCGGGGAGGAGCCGCUGGAGGGGAACAGCAGCCAGGCCUCCUUCAACGUCAGCUCCAGCUCGGCCAGGCCCUGGGCCAACAGCUCCCUGAUCCUCCACGGGGGGUUUGACUCCAGCCUCAAAGUCAGUUGCAAGGCCUGGAACUUCUGUGGGUCCCAGAGUGGCUUCGUCCUGCUGCUGCCAGGGAGAUCGAACCUUGGGGCACAGGUGGUUCCUGCAGCCCUUGGAGGUGCUGGUGUCAUGGCCCUGUUCUCUCUCUGUCUGUGCCUCCUCUUCUUUUUAAUAGUGAAAGCCCGCAGGAAGCACGCAGCUGGGAGAUCAGAGAGAAUAAGUGACGAAGACCCCAUUAUGGGUACUGUUGCCUGGGGUUCCAGGAAGAAGCCUUGGCCAGACAGCACCAGAGACCAAGCGUCUCCUGCUGAGGAUGCCCCUCGUUUGGGGGAACAACAGGAGCUCCAUUAUGCCUCCCUCAGCUUUUCCGAGAUGAAGCUGAGGGAGCCUACGGACCAGGAAGCUCCCAGCACCACAGAGUACUCAGAGAUCAAGACAAGCAAGUGAGGACUCACCCAGGGCUCAGUCCUGGCCGGGGGAACCAGAGCCUGUCUGGGAGAAAGGACAAGUCAGGGACCACUUGCUGAAGCACCAAGAGCCCUGGUGACAAUGCUAACAUGAACUGAUGUGUACGUGCUCCAAGCAGAGCAGAAAGAAGACAGAUGAUGGAAUUAGAGAGGUGGGCUCAAACCUGGGCCCUGGCACUGUCACCAAGCAAUUCCCUGCAUCCCUCCGUGCCUCAGUUUCCCACUCUGUAAAUCAGAGAUCAUGCAUCUUACCUCAAAGGUUGUUGUGACCAUUAAAGAAAUCAACACUGGAAA